GGGUGAUGGGCAGCAGAUGAAGCGCGGGGAGGCAUGAAUCUGGGUCUCACCUGGCUGAAAGUCGGUUUGUUGUGAAGUCGGGAGCACCGGUCCCCGUGCCGGCAGGCCCCAAUCUUAAAGUAAAAAGAGCAGUUAACCCUGGAAGAGGUGCAAAGACAGAGGUAAACCGGGGGCCGGGAAGGCCGGGCAUCCCACGCACACUGCCCUGUCCGCCCAGCCCAUAGGGACCCGAGUGCCCCGGCUCCCUGAGAGGCCACUCCCUUCACCAUUCUCACUUGUCCUUCUCAGUCCCGAAUAUCGAAGCUAAAUAUUCAGCCAUUUUUACCCGAACACUCCAACGCUCCUGCUCCUUGCGUCACUUCCGUUGCUCAGGAGCGUUGGGAAGUGUAGUUUGUCCCUGCCCGUGCCGUGACUGCGCACGCGUGUUGGAGGCCAGCCUGCCUUUCCCCCGACGGUCGUGCGCAAGCUUCCUAGCAGCGCAUGCGUACAACGUAGCCUCCAGGGGAAAUUAAAAAAAAGAAGACUACAAACUCCAGAGAAACCUUCGGCGUCUCCCGCAAACGACCGCAGUUAAAAACUGCAAAGGAAUCCCGGGCAGAAGGGAUAAACUCCACUGGGGCGUGGUUGUUGGUGAGCUUGCGCCUGUCCUUUGGUCUGGGUCUGCAGACCCUUAGGACCACCGGGCUCCAGCGCAGCUAUGAACUUGGAGCGGGUGUCCAAUGAGGAGAAGUUGAACCUGUGCCGGAAGUACUAUCUCGGUGGAUUUGCAUUCCUGCCUUUUCUUUGGUUGGUCAAUAUUUUCUGGUUCUUCAGAGAGGCCUUCCUUGCCCCAGCCUACACAGAGCAGAGCCAAAUCAAAGGCUAUGUUUGGCGCUCAGCUGUGGGCUUCCUCUUCUGGGUAAUUAUUCUCACCACCUGGAUCACCAUCUUCCAGAUCUACCGGCCCCGCUGGGGUGCUCUUGGGGACUACCUCUCCUUCACCAUUCCCCUGGGCACUCCCUAACAACUCCACAAGCUGGUUGGUGAUCUUGUCUUUCUCCCAGGAUGGGCUUCUCUGCUCUAAGUUUUUUCUGAAACCCUGAGAACUGUCUGUCCCCCAUUUCCCAUCUGCCCCAAUAAAUGACCCUAACUUUAAA